AUGAACAAGAGAAGAGACAACCGUGUUCAUUUCAUACGAUCGAGUCAUGAUGGAGGUGAGAUGGGAUCUUCAGGAGGAGGAGGUGGUGCAACGGCAUCAUCACCGACAACAACAGAGGUGAUCCCAUCCAUCGCAAGUAUUCGAAGACAAUACGAAGAAAGAGUCAUGCUUCUCGCGGAUGGCUUGACAAAGAUUUUAAAAGAUCUUCAAAAUGAUAAGGUCAUAUUGCAAAUGGAUAAAGAUAUAACAACGGCACCGCAUGUGAAGGAACGAAUACUCGAAAUUAUCAGGGAAGCUCUCAGGUCAGAGCAAGAAACUGUUAUUCAACGAUUGAUUGAGGAAAUGUCAAAAGUAGAGACCGAGCUCAAAUUAACAAAUGAAGAGUAUUCUAGGUGCCAAAAUGCACUCAAGCAAGAGUCAACCAGUAGGACGGAGAACGAGAAAAAGAUAAAUCAACUCAAACUAAAACUAAAAGACCUCGUGUCACUCCAAACAAAAACGGAAGGAUCUAAGGUUAAUGACCUGUAUGAAAAGGUUUUGAAUUUAGAGAAGGAGCUUUCAUUGAAGGAAAAUGAAUUGAAAAAGAAGAAAAAGUCCCUCUCAACAGAAAAAGAGGAAAAUCGACAAUUAUUUGAACAAAUGCAACAAAAAGAGUUAGAGAUGAACGAGUUACGAAGAAAGAUAGAAGAAUUGGUACUGGAAAAAGAAGAACGAGAUGAAAUUAUUGAAAAACUCGAGCAUAAAACGGAAAAGUACAAGGAAUCUUAUAAUGAAGAAUCCAAAGCAAGCAAAAUGACAAGUAAAAUGCUUAAAAAACGAUUGUUAGAAGUUGAGGAGCAGUUGAAAGAGAAAUCAGAACAAUCGAAAGAAGCAAAUAACAUUGUGAUGCGUGUUCAAGCUAAAAUCAUCAAAUAUAAGGAGAGAUUGGAGGAGACUGAACGAAAGAGAGAAAAGUUGGAGCAAGAUUUGAAACGUCUCAAAACAGACUCUGACGAAUGCUUGGAACGAGAACGAAAAGCUCAUAACGAAUUGCAAGCAGAAUUCUCAAAACGUCUCAACGAGCGAUUAGUUGAAAGCGAAAAGAGAAUUAGAGACACUUUUGAAAGCAAAAUAUUGUCACUGGAACGAGAGUUGCAUCAAAAGGAGGCUUUGGUACAGAAAUCACAAUUUGAUCAAAUUUACCAACAACAAAUGAUCAAUGGAAUGAAAACACUUCAACCUGAUCAAGUGGAUAAAAUGUUGGAAUUGUACGAAAGCAAACUCAAAGUAUUCCAGAAAGACUACCUUCCAAGGUCAGAUUACGACAAAAAAGUACAAGAACUUGAAACUAGAUUUUCCAGUGACAAGAAAGACAUGGAAAAGAAGUUUGAGUAUGAACUUGACUAUAAACUCAAAGAGCUUGAACAACGAAAGCAAAAAGAAUUUAAUAACACUCUUUCAAGUUUCAAGCAAGGAGCAAAACUUAUGGAAGAUGAACUCAUCGAGGAGCGUAAAACAACUAAAAAGCUCAAGAAAGAAAAUCUUGCAAAGGAAGAAGAGAUUCGAAGCGCUAGAGAAGAAAUCAAAUCUCUCGAAAAGAAGAAUAUGCAGUUGAGUAGUUACCUAGAUGAGUCCAACAGAAACAUUGAUUCUUUGAGAGACUACAUUGACAAGCAAACACAUGAACGAAAAGAACUUGAACACUACUAUUCAAGAAUGGCAGAAGAGGUCAAAAUGAUUAACGGCCAAUUAGAAGAAAUGAAGAGACAUGCCGAAAACUUGGACACCAUUGCACAACAAAAGAAGCAAGAAAACGCCAAACUCAAGGAGGCACUCGUCUCGGAGACCAACAAAGCGGAAGAGUUGACACAUGAAAAACAACAACUUGCACAAGAGAUGGAAAUUUUGAAGAAGGAGCACAAGAUUAUGUCAGACACUAUUAAUUACAGUUUGGACAACAUUUUACUAUCAUUACCAUCUUCUGACUUCAGGAAAUUCAAGAUGGCUUCCUCUAAAAUUGAUAAUAUUGAAGAUCUGUCCAAAGAGCUUGGAAAGAGCAUUGAAGAAUUUAAGUUGCAUCUUUCCAGGACGACACAAGACCUGAAAGACAAACAUGCUAGAGAGAUUAAAUUCCUUGAAGAAAGUAUCAAGAAAAAGAAACAAAAAGAAAACCUCGUAGAGUUCAAACUUAGAACAGAAGUCAGCAAUUUGAGAAGAGAACUUGACAAUCUCAAACAACAAACCAUUCUUUCCUUAUCUGCUUGGAAACAACAAUUCCAAACCUUUACAGAUAAUGUCCUUCAAAAGAGCUAUGAGGUUUCCUCUCUCAAGGACAAUGAACUCAUGAAGAAGAAGCAACAAUAUGAAAAGGAAGCCGCUGAAUUACGAUACCGAUACGAAAGAGACAAUCAAGAGCUUUCAAAUGCAUUGAUACUGAAAGAAACUGAGCUGAAUCAAAAGAUUUAUAGUCUGCAAUCUGAGCUUCGAGAUGUUAUUCAAGACAAAUCAGCGGAAAUCGUCGAGAAGAAUAAUUAUUUGAAGAAAGUAGAGGAUUUGAAGAGAUUUGUUAAAUUAAUGGCCGAGCACGUAAAUAUUCCUUCAGAUAUCACUUCGGGCAUUCUUUCACAACAUUCUGACAUUGUGGAGAGAUCGAUGAACCAUCUCUCAACGCUCAUGCUCAAUUUCACAAAGGAAAGAGAGCAACAACGCAUUCAACUAGAGAGAAUGGGAGAAGAUUUCAACAACCUCAGAUCUCAAAUGGCAAUCAGUGAAGAUUCUUACAAGAAACUUGAAAAAACAAAAUCUAGGCUUCAACUUGAAAAUGAAAAGUUGAAAAAUUUAUGUGAAGAGCGAUAUGCAGAGAUUGUGGAGAAUUUGACUCAUAUCCGAGAUGAAGUUCAACUUUUGGAAAAUAGAUACGAAAAGGAUGUCAAAGAUUCAACAAUACGAGCUAGGGAAUCUUUUGAAAACCAAAUUAAGGCCAUGACAGAAACUUUGAAUCACAGCGUUGAGAGUGUAAAUAUGCUAUUUUCUGAUAAGGAGAAGUAUGAAGUCAAUGUGACAGAAAUUAGGCGGCAGUUGGACGAAGCAAGAAGAGAAAACGAAAAGAAGUCGUCACAAAUUCUAGACUUGCAAAAACAACGAGAUCAAGAACGACAAGAAAAUUUAACUCUCAAGAAGGAAGUUUCGAAUCGUGAAAAGACUAUUUCUCAACUUGAACGUGAAAAGGAAUAUUUAAAUCUUAAAACCUCAAAAUUAGAAAAGAAGUCCAACAAACUCAAAGAAAUGAUGAGCACUGUUGCUGCUUCUGCUGCCAAUUUAGAUGUAAAUAUUCAACAAUAG